AUGUUGCUGGAAAUGUCCAUGAAAAUGGGCAGCAAACAGAGUACGAACAACGUCCGCGAAAUCGCAGCCAGAAGAGCCAAUAGACAACAACAACGCAUCCUUCUGCAGGUCUGUGGUUUUUUAUUGACCUUUUACACUUCUUAUUCAGAUUACGGUAGUUGCUCUGAUCUUUUACGGGUACAUGACCGCCUACUACAUAUCUUACUACAGUCGUUGGUUUCAAUCAACGGCCGCUAUGAUAUUCAAUAGUUAUUUCUACUCAACCACCCAUAUGAUUAAUCCUGUCAUUUAUUUCUCUCUCAACAAAGAAAUGAGAGCUCAAUUUAGGUUUGUUGAAACUUUUCUCAAAACCAUUCAUAGAAUGAAUAUUGAUCAGAGAAGCUAUGAAAGACUUUAUUGGGAUGUUUCGAUGCGGCAAAAAGGAUCCUUACGGUUUUGCGAAUAGUUCUACCAAAAUCAACCACAGCACCAAAGCAACGUGCGUUUUCUCAAUUUUUUUGAAUAGUGCAUUUAUUACAAAUUUUCUAAUAUUAUUAUUUGCAGGAAUGAAGUUGCACCACGUAGUACUUCAUGUAGUGAAACAUCACCGCUUUUUUCAAUAAAUAAUCACUACAAGUAAGUGAACUGUUUCCCGACUUUUACAUUUUCCUCUUUAGAUCAACCUGCGACGGUGGUGGAUCAAGAGAACAAAAUCUGUCAGGUGACUCUUCAAGCUCUCCCGGAAGCGAAUCGGCGGAAAUCCGAGCAAUCGUCGAUAGCGCUAGCAACAAUGCUCCAUGUUGGCCUGGAUGAACAUGUUUUUCUAAUUAAUUGAUUUUUACAGCGCACUGUUCAUUGCCCCAUUCCGAUCUUUACAGUACUCCAUUAGAUGAACUUCCACUCAACAAAAUGAACGCAAGAGAAAGAUCAGCCUUCAUCUCGCAGCUGGUAGCGGUGAGGGCCUCUGAGAAUUGGAGAAAAAAACGAGCUUAACGAGUUGCAGGCCUUGCAGUACAGCAGUAGCAAGUCGCUGAGCAAGAUGUCGAGCUUCUGCGAGGUUCGGCGUGGCAUCGAUAAAUCAGCCACCACCAAUGACAUCAGUCAGGCCGCAAAACAGCGGUUACUCAGCACAAAGAUCAUUGAAACCUAAUUGCACGGAUUUCAGCUACAUUCGCUUUUCGAACACUGUUCAGUUCAUUUCACGGGAGCCUUUGGGAAAAGAUCAUUUGCUACCAACAAACUCUACAAAGUAACUUCUGGAUUUUGAGAAAAAGCUGGAAAACUAGAGAAGAUGAUUAUUCGAUUUAUGAAUGGAAAAAUGCUGUUUUAACUGCAUGAACCUUUUUAUCUUUGAAGUAGAAUCGUAUCUGAAUAAUUGAAAAAACAGACGCUCUCCAGAAAAAAUCCAAAAAUUGAGGUACUCAUCGAUGGAUACGCUUGACAGGACCAAACUGAAUUUCGACACUUUGUUUGACAGACCUGACUUUAAUGCUUCUCCUGUUUUAUCCAGGUGAGCUUUGAAGUUAGGAAUAUGAGUUUCAAACUUUAUUUACAUUAACUCAGAAGCCUGUUUCCGAGAGUAAAAAGCUUUCAGGCUUAUCGUGAAUAUUUUUAUUGAGCUUCUGCGUUUAUUAAAAGCUGGAAACUUUUUCUUAAUCGCAGUGCGACUGUAAAGCUUCGAACCAUUCCAAGCGCGAUAAGAAAAAAAUUUGAACUUUUUAGGUAGUCCCAAACGUGUCAUUACCAUGACAAAAGAGGCAAAAUCCAAGUCCUUUCAUACAACUUUUUUUCGAAUUUCAUUUUUGAUUGAAAUGCACUUUCAACACAAGAGUCGAGAAAUAAGAAGUAUUUAUUUAAAGGUCAUCUUCGAGCUCGAACGCAGUCCAUCGCAGUUCGGGAUAUAGAAACUUACAAGACAACUCUUUCUUCGACAAGAACGUCAGCAGCGACGAGGACAUUGCCUAUUUAUAA